UUCUCUCCGCCCGUAUGGGAGCGCCUCACCUCCUGCCUGCCUGCCCGUCGGUUCUCCUCCCCCGCUGGAGGACAGAGCGAUGCGGAGACAAUAGGACACCAAAGGGAUGCUCGGUGGACGUCUUCGGACUCGGCCUGCUUGUACUAUGCGCCCUCGCCGACGGACGCGCAUCCAGGGCGGACUCCGCAGCCCGGUUAUGAACCUCUUCUUAAUGUAACGUCAAUUGUUAGCCGCUGCCACUUCUGUCCUGCCACGGCAUCCAUCGUUCACACGUUCCUUUCGCUGGAAAGUCAGUCCUCGGCAUGAGUUCCUCUCCGCUGACGUCGCGAGCUAACAUGGACAUCCUGGACGAGCUGCAGCUGAUCGCAGCCCAGAACCUGGAGAAGUUGGAAGUCAACAAAUACUACGAAGUCAUGCGAGAGCUCGGCAAGGGCACCUAUGGCAAAGUGGACCUUGUCAUUCACAAGAUUAGAGGUACAAAAAUGGCACUGAAAUUCUUGAAGAAGAAGACCACCAAGCUGAAGUCUUUCCUUAGGGAGUACAGCAUCUCCCUCUACUUGUCUCCCUGCCCUUUUAUAAUCAACAUGUUCGGCAUCGCCUUCGAGACGGACGAGUACUACGUAUUUGCGCAGGAGUACGCGCUGGCAGGGGACCUCUUCGACAUCAUUCCUCCGCAGGUUGGUCUCCCCGAAGCGGUGGCGAAGCGCUGCGUGCACCAAGUGGCCAUUGCUUUGGAUUACCUGCACUGUAAGAAGCUGGUCCACAGGGAUAUCAAGCCCGAAAACAUCCUUAUAUUUGACCGGGAGUGUCGCAAGGUUAAGCUGUCUGACUUCGGCAUGACCCGUCGCGCAGGAUCCCCCGUCAAACGAGUCAGCGGCACUAUUCCGUACACGGCCCCUGAGCUGUGCGAUGUGUCCCGCCACGAGGGAUUCUGCGUAGACUACAGUACCGACGUGUGGGCCUUCGGCGUGCUCCUCUUCUGCAUGCUUACCGGCAACUUCCCGUGGGAGAAGGCCCUAGCCUCCGACUCCUUCUACCAGGAGUUCAUCCGCUGGCAGAGGAGGAGGACCAACACGGUGCCUUCCCAGUGGAGACGCUUCACCGAGCAAGCCCUGCGUAUGUUCCGCCGUUUGCUCUCUGUAGAGCAGGAGCGUCGCUGCUCCGUCAAAGAGGUCUUCGGGUACUUCAGCCACUCGUGGAUGCUGGACAGCGAGAACAACAACGGCAAUGCGGUCGGGGAAAGGGUCAUCGGCGGCGGAGGAGGAGGUAACGCGCGAGGGGAGGUCAACGACAAUAUGUCCUCGUCUUCAUCUGGGGAAGAAGACGAGGAACUUUUAGUGGAGCGGAUGAAACAGCAGACUCUGUCGCCGGCGACCGCCGAGCGGGGCGGUGCGGCCAAGGGCGCCAUGAUGGAACUGGGCGGAGGCCACCAUUUCGUAUCCGUGUCCACCAACAGCUCGGUGUCGUCCACCAACAGCUACGAGCGCGCGCCGCGAGAGAACGGCUCGCCUGGAGGCCGCAUGCUGGUCACCACGCCCAUCGAGAUCUGCGUUUGAGCAUUUUCUACGUCUUCUCACCGGUGUGCUUUUCUUCUACCACUCAUCCAAUUACGUUCGGUCAAUGUGCAUGCACGGAGAACGUGACACCGAAUACCGUUGUCGUCGCGGAAAGGGCGUCGAAAGAGCACCGCCAAAACGGGAAAGUACAAGAAAAGAAGACCAAAACAUCGUUUCUAAAGCAAUAUUCCCAAAAAAGCAAAAAAUAAAGGUCGGGACGGAGCGUCACGUCACAAGAAUCUCAAAUUGUGUCGUACUUUUGACUCACGAGACAAAAGGAAUUGCUUUGUUUCAUGAACCGGGCCCUUUUUUGUAACUCCAAUGAUGUGCUUUUAACAUAUCGACUUCAAACUAUUUUCUACUCUCACCCGCGUUACGUUACCUCUUUGAAAAAAAUACAUUAAUAAUCAACUCUGCCCCAUUUAAAACAAAAAAAGUCAAUAAUGCAUGUUGAGUAGCUCAGCAAUUUUACGAGAGAAAAGACAAAAAAAUAUCAUGUGGACAGGGGCGGAGCUUAGAGGGGGUGCUGGUGAUGUGGCCGUCCCCGGGCCUCUAGGGGUCCUGGUUAGUAAAGGGGGUGUGGUUAGGUGAGGGGAGUGUCUAAAACAAAUGUAACAUGAUGCAUGGUGUUUAAAGCAACACUAGGUAACAGUGAUUCAUAACCUUGUUAAAGGUAAUGAACCCCACAAGUUUCACAUGUGGAUUCACCGAACCAUUCGGAAUUACAUAAUAAAGCAAUUUUUUUUCCAAAUUCUGUUGCCACUAGUUGGCGCUGUAGGGUUGAUGCAAAUCAGCUUACCCUUGGAGAAGGAGCUUGUCUUGUAAAAAAGGGCAUUUCCUGUUCCCAGCAGGGGGCGCCAGGCCUAAUGGGUAAUAUUUCAAUGAUGCCGUGUUCACUCUGGGAUACCGCACAUGCAUGCCAGAUGUGGAAAAAGAUUGCACCCUGUAUCAGGAAGUUAUUAAUUAUUACUGAAUUGGCGUGUUGCCAAAAAAAACCCAAAUUUGGUACCCCAGGUCAGGCCCGUGAAUGAAAACUCACCAUUUUAAUAACUUAAGAUCUCAUAUGUCUUAUGAACAGUCUCAGCAAUUUUGAGGAGGGUCCAACUAACUGCCUAGGCGCAAUGGUAUCAAACACGCACGCUGUUUAUCAACCAAAAUUGCAUGUUUUUUUUAACAUUCGAUCCAAAAUACCCGAUAUCCUGUUGGGUUUGGAAUAUAAGUAAAAGAGACUUUUUGAAGCAGUUUUUCACACCGUAUCGACUCCCCAAAUUUCAUCAAAACCAAUAUAUCUAAGCUAGCAAGCUAAUAAUUUAGCAAAUUCCUGUUCAAAAUUCUUAUUUUGACAAUAUUUUUUAUAUAACGUGUUUUGCCCAUUGGUCUGUUGUAUUCUCUCAUACCAAGUAAGGCUACGUCUACACUAGGACAGAUGAUUUUUUCCAGGGUAUUUUUGCAGACUAUUUUUAUACCUGUCCACACUUACGUUUAAGAUGCGUUUAAGGCCACCCCGCUUGUGCAAGGUACCUCUGAACCCAAAAUUCAUUACUCGCCGGCGGCGAAUUUCGAAAUUUAUCCACCUUCUAGACUGUCAUCAUAUUGUGAUCACUGUUUUUUUUUUUUCGUGAACGCAAUGGAACGCAUCACGCAGGAGCGAGAGUGAAGGGAGAGGACGCUUGGCUGUUACUAGCAGUCGCUGAGUUGUGAUUGAAAUAAAUCUUCAGAAAACAACGACAGCCUGACAUCGCUACUUGGGAUGUAACAAUCGAUGCUCAGUUGCGCUCUCACCACUUGGAAAAUAAAAAAUAGAAGCAUAUGGUGUAGUGCUGCGUAUAUUUCCGGGAUGCCGCAACCGGGAGUAGUGGUGAUCCUGGAAGUGGCAACAGUUUUGACAGGCAGAAAUGUCAUGGGAAAAAAACUGAUCGCGCACCUAUUUGACUGGGGGUACCACGCAGGUCACUUUUCGGGGUUUAAUUUUCCUCUACGCAUUUUUAUCUACUCAAGUUCGGUCGGCAUUGAGUUGGGAGGGGCCAGCCCCGCAGCUGGCUGAUCGGAGACAAUGCGGGAGACGAGUCAUCCACGAUGGGAGACCACAAAUGAGCACUGAAUUAAAGCAUAUUAUUGAGACGUAGUUUGAAGGUUCAAGAAAAUGUGUGGAAAAGAAAAGAGGAGCAGGAAUGCCACUUUAUGACCGUCCGCCUCCAUUGUUUACGAUGCCGUCAUGCCGCACUCCCAAAGUGGCGACGGCAUGACGUCACUUCCUUAGUAUCCGAUUGUUGUACGGAGACAGCAAUCCAUAUUAAGCGGCGGGUAAUAUUACCCGCCUAAAUUAUCUGUCGAACAACUACUCCGGAUAAUAGGCGUAUUAGUACAGCCGACAUGCUGCAUAGUCCACCUAAUUACAUGUUUAAGGCCAUUAUCUGUCCAAGUGUAGACGUAGCCUGAGAUUCAACCUUCCACUGAGCAAACCAGUUCCUCCUCCAAUAAGAUUGGAGGAGGAACUGGUUAAACUUGAGAGUAGCUGAGUUUUGUCAUGAAAGAACAUCGCUUCGAUGGUAUCUGGCGCCAUCUAGCGUCGUGAAUGGGUAUAAUGUCUAGACCGUGAAUAUAAGACGACCCCCACUUUUUCAGUCUUAUUUCAAUGCAAAAAACACCGUCUUAUAUUCGGGCCAAUACGGUAUUAUUGAAUUCCGAAGGGUUCGGUAAAUGCACGUGUAACUCGGAACCUUUAUCAAGGUUAAGAACCACUGCUUUUAGUGUUGUCAGUAGGGGCGUCGAAUGAAAAGCCCCCCCCCCCCCCACCCGCUCAGCUCAAGGGGCGCAUGUAAGCUCAUUGCACCUGGGCCCUGGUCACAUUUGUUCCGCCACUGCAUAUGGAAUCUUUUGACGUAGCACAAUUUUCACAUUAGGUUCAAGAGGAACUGUCACACGAGUUCAAGAUGUUUUAGGGCUAAAACAAAAAAAAAGAACUAAAAAAAUAAUCAGUAUUAGUUUCUAUUCAGUGAAUUUUAGUGUAUUUGUAUUAAUGUCUUGUAUUCAUAUCACCACUUUCAGGAACCGGAACAUAAAAAAUAGCAUGAUUCUCACAAGGGAAUGAUUGAUUACAGAAGUUGUUUUUAAACAGCUAAGAUUCAAAUUUUCUCAGCUGGAUUGAUUGGAAAGAAAAAAAAAAUGGUGUGAACCUUUUCUGUCUUUCCCCAUAAAAAUGCUGCAUGAAACUUUGUGCUAAACGCUAAAGCUAAUUGUAGAAACAGGCUUAUAGACACGGUUGCGUAUUUUACAACAGCAUCGAUUCCCUUCACCGCUCAGCAGCCAGCGAGUAUGCAAAAACUUGUCUGUCUUGUGACAAUCUCUGACCUCAUCGGCCUUGGGACAAAGGACAAUGAAGGUGCGGACGCGCCGCCAUUUCCCCCAACUUGCAGCUGCGGCGGUGACACUUUAGACUCACUGACAUGACCUGACCGCAUGAAGACGAGCAUUAUCUCAUCAUCAUCAUGAGAGCAGCCUUCACUAAACUGAAGCGAAUGUCACAUUUGAGUUCAAAACCAAAUGAAAAUACAAAUCUGUGUCCAGAUUUCACCAACAUUUAAGGGGGGUAUGUCAUUAAGUAUUACAUUAGUUUAAAAUCCUGCUUUAAAAACAAAGAAAAAUCUACAUUAAUGCCUGAAAUUACAUUUCACAAAUAUACGUCAAAAAGCAAUGGGGAAUACAUAAGUACAUGAAUAUUAAAAAAAAAAAAAAAAAAGAGGGAAAAAAAUUAGGGCUGUAGCUAUCGACUAUUUUAGUAGUCGAUUAAUCAAUGAACUAGUUAGUUUGAAUAAUCUAAUAAUCAGAUUAGGAACAUAAAAAAUUAAAAUACCUGAGUUUAGCCUCAAACAGUAUAAAAAACAUAAAAAUGAGAAUCUAAGUACAACAAAAGAACAAUUGGCUAACUUGCAUAGCAAAAGUCUGCGAGCUUAAAUGCUAUAAAAGGAUAACAUUGUAUUUUAUUUUUUACAAUGUUCUCAGCAAAUCAUUCAAACACAUAGUCCCACAAAAUCAGCUAAAUAUAACUAUAAACCAAAUUACGAAUGCAUUAAAACAACAUAUUAGGUCAAACAAUAUCUUACCUUUUGUUGGUCUUAGCAGGGAGCAGCUGGAUUCAGCUAUGUUAAAUGAGUUAUGUCAUAUCCACUGUUGCCACUAGAGGGCAGUGUAUCCACCCAAAUCAAUAAAACUGAAUGCAAACACUUUAAAAAAAAAAAA